AUGGAUAAUACGAAUUUAGAGAAACGCCCAUCAUUGAAAUACAGUCUCAGUUCGUUGGGCUCACAAAUCACAAAAUGGAGCUCAUCUAGACCGACCUCACCAGUGCGUAAAACUAGAAGCACCGAAUAUGAAUGUCUUUCGAAGCGAAAUAUAGGUGCUACUUUCCCGGACAUUAAUGGUCAUGAUGGUCAACAGUGGCAUGAAAAAUAUAAGCCCACUAAUUUGGAACAGGUGGCCAUUCAUAAAAAAAAACUCAAAGAUGUACGAGAAGCUUUAGAUGCCAUGUUUUUGCCUGAUGCCAAACAUAGGAUUCUAUUGCUAUCUGGUCCUAGUGGAUGCUCCAAGAGUACAGUCAUAAAAGAGCUUUCAAGAGUCGUAGUACCUAAAUAUAGACAGAAGAGCAACGUAACAUCCCUUCGAAGGACCUCAAACAAUUACGACGUGACUGAGUUUAGAGGUGAUUGUGUAGUGAAUGAUCUUCCCCAGAUGGAAAACUUUAGUGAGUUCUUGAAAAAUGCAAGAUAUCUUGUCAUGUCCAACUUAUCAUUAAUACUUAUUGAAGACUUACCCAAUGUCUUUCAUAUGGAUACCAGACGUCGCUUCCAGCAGCUUAUCUUACAGUGGUUAUAUAGUCCAGAGCCUCUACUACCUCCCCUUGUCAUAUGUAUAACGGAAUGUGAAAUCCCAGAAAAUGACAAUAACUCUCGCACAUUUGGCAUUGAUUAUACAUUUAAUGCUGAAACCAUCAUGAACAAAGAAAUAUUGAUGCAUCCGCGGUUGAAAAGAAUUAGAUUUAACCCAAUCAAUAGUACUUUAUUGAAAAAACAGUUACAGUUUAUUUGUGUAGAAAAUAUGACAAUGUUAAAAGAGAAAAGAAAAUGGAGUAAAAGACAGGAAGUUAUAAAUUAUAUCGCACAUGAAACCGGUGAUAUUAGAUCAGCAAUUACUACUCUUCAAUUUUGGGCAAUGUCGAGUAAUGAUUUGCUUGUUCCCACACGAGAAUCUACCAUAUCAUAUUUUCAUGCAAUUGGGAAGGUGAUUCACGGUUCGCAUAGCCGGAAGGAUGACAAUGACAUGUUUAAUGAUCUUUUUAGGAAUUCAAAUGGUUUAUUAUCGAAGGAGGAUUUUAAAUUAGGAAUAUUAGAGAACUAUAGUACAUUCAAUAAAGGCAAAUUCAGCAUCUCUGAUGCAUCAUCAAUUGUGGAUUGCUUAAGCGAAUGUGAUACAAUGAGUAGCCUACCAGAAUCAAAUGAGUACUGUUUACGAAAAGUGCGCAAAACUUUUUGUAAUAUUACUAAGGAAAGCCAUAACCAUGGGACAGUUUAUUUCCCAAGAGAAUGGAAAGUCAGAAAAUUACAGAAUUCAUUUAAAGUCCAAGCUGAAGAUUGGUUAAACGUUGAUCUUUAUAAAUAUAACGCAGUUCAUUCCUUCAAAAAUAUAGCUUUGGAGUUUGGUCACUAUGCACCUUUAAUCCGAAAGUUUCAGAGCUAUAAAAAAAACUCUAUGCUAUAUUAUUUGAGGAAUCUUCCUACGGAUUCUUUGGAGCUUAAACAAAACAUGAAUAAAUUUCAUGAUCUAAUGGAGAUCGAAAAUGACAUCGACAUAAUGGAUCGGAUAGGCGGGCCUAUCGACGCAUUAUCUGUAGAGAAUGGGCUAACGCCAUUGAUAGAUAACGGUAACAGAAAUUCUGACCAUACGGAAGAUGAAAAAAUGGAAAGGGAUAAAAGACUUCGCAUAUUGAUUGAUCGUUAUGAGAAAAAUGUGAUGAUGGUGAACGACGACCUUGGAUAUGAGGAGGCCUUCCUCAAUGAUGACCCAAUUGUCGAUAGUGACAGUGAUGACAACAACAAUACUGGGAAUGAUACAUUUGAAAAGAGUGACGGGGACGAAUCUCUUUAUGUAAUGUUAUCACAAAGGCAGCCACGUAAUGCACCAGCAGUCAGUGAGUCACUUUCUGAUUCUGAUUUGGAGGUACUUUAA